ACGUGAUACAUGAACGUCUGUUAUUUAGGUUUAAGUUCUGAAUAGAAAAGCACUGCGAACAGGGAAUUAGGACAACUAAAAUUUCGUCUAUAUUGAAAUAAGGGUAACCGACAACUUGUGAUCCACAUUGAAAAUCAACUGUUUUACAUUCCACCGCGGACCGACAAGAUACGCGGAAAUAGGUUAGGGGGUAUCUCGGCAGCCAGGCUUCGAUACUCUGCGCUGAUCUCUUAAAAAGCUUCUUCAUUUCCAACUCCCACUCCGAUGCCUGGAAAGAAGACUACGGGCUUUAUUGCAAACUCAUGACACGAUAGCAAAACAAUCAUUUCGGAAAGCAACCACCAGGAGAAACGCAUUAUUCAUUUCCCCAUUAAUGUCUUUCACUAAUAGCUUCUAUAUGGACACGCUAGAUGGCGAUGAAAGACUGCGGACAACCCGAUUAGUAGAGUUUCAGAAAAAAGGAGACGAAGCUAUGGGAAUCACUCUGAGAGUGGACGAGAAUAAUCGUUGUAUGGUGGCGCGAAUUAUGCACGGUGGUAUGGUACACAGACAAGGUUCAUUACAUGUGGGUGAUGAAAUUCGUGAAAUCAACGGAAUCCACAUAACUAACCAGUCUGUGGAUAUGCUGCAGAAAAUGCUGAAAGAGGUUCAGGGCAAAGUUACUUUCAAAAUAAUCCCUAGCUUUAGGAAUGCUCCGCCACCUUGUGAGGUAAGCAAAAAAUAA